AUGGCAAAUCGAAUGAAGCCUAAAGUAACACUUACCAGACUUAGGAGCAUGGGCGCGGCGCGAGGCACGGGCGCACUCCUUCAACUAAAUAAAUCCCUUCAGAAAUAUCGCCUCACGCGUCUCCAUUUCCGUAAUAAAACCACAAAGCAUUUAGCUCGAACUCGACAAGAGACGUCCGUCCACAGAGGCGUUGCUAGGAGCGUGAAACAAAAGACAGCGCGGGGCGCGGGCGGAGUGAGCUCGCCGCAGGAGCGACUCGCGGCGCCAUCUAGCGGCCGCGCGCGGCUAGUUUCGGGCUGCGGACGGGAACACUAUCACUGUUAG